GAGAGAGAGAGAGAGAGAGAGAGAGAGAGAGAGAGGAGAGAGAGAGAGAGAGAGUGAGUGACUACCAUUGGAUGCCAGUGAUAGAGUAAAAGACUAAAGCAGCUUGUGAAUUUUCUUAGUUGCCAUGGACCCUUGGGGGUCAAUCAAGUGGCGCUGCUGACUCACAGAGGAAAAAAACUGAAGGCACAUGAAGAAACAACAAAAAAACAACAAGUGACAAGAAGUAACUAAGGACAACAAGGCUUUUUAUAAGUAACAGCGCGAGAGAAAUCAGAGUAAGGGGCACGCAGGGACAGAGCUUCCUCCAGACGGUCUUCAGUGUGUUCCACCAGGCCAUCAUCAAACCAUCAGUCCAGCCGGUGAGGAAGGCACAGAGACAUGAAGAGACCUCACGACUACAGCUCCCCUGACUCGGACACAGACGAGUAUAUUGACGUGGGGCAAGAAGACGGCUACUGCCCAGUCACCGGGUCCAUGUCUCCUGGCAGCGCCUCACAGAUUCUUGCCCGAAAGAAGAGAAGAGGGGUCAUAGAGAAGAGGCGCAGAGACCGUAUCAACCACAGCUUGUCAGAGCUCAGGAGACUGGUGCCCAGCGCUUUUGAGAAACAGGGCUCAUCUAAGCUGGAGAAAGCAGAAAUCCUGCAGAUGACUGUGGACCACCUCAAACUUCUGCAUGCCAUGGGAGGGAAAGGUUAUUUUGAUGCGCGGGCCUUGGCAGUCGACUACAGGACACUGGGCUUCAGGGAGUGUGUUGGAGAGGUGGUGCGGUACCUCAGCUCCCUUGACGGGGACUCCCCAGACCCUGUAGGAGCCCGCCUGGUCUCCCACCUUUCCCACUGUGCAAGUGAGCUUGACCCUCUCCUCCUGCAGUCACCCCCGACCUCUGCCCUGCCCUUCCCUCCUUGGCCGUGGCCGUCUUUCCAUCAGAUCUCCCCCGCCUCGCCGGCCUCCACCUCACCUGCUUUCCACGGGCGUAGGGAUCUAGCCCUGCUGGGGAGCUACCCCUCACCAGCCUCUCUCCGCCUCGCUCCCCUGGCAGGCUGCCAGCAGGGCGCACCACCGCUUCUUGCACAUACAGCUUUGGCCACUGUCCACAGGAUGCCCUCCCUCGCAGCUUCUACAGCCCUGGCCCCCUCCAGACCCACCCAGCCCUCCCCUCACAGUGCCACCAGGGCCUCGCCUCUUCCUCUCCCCACUCCUUCUUCUUCCUCUUCUUCUACGUCCUCCUCUAAUACGUCAUCAUCUUCUGCCCCUCUCCAAGUGUCCUUCAGACCAUUUGCACCUCUGGGGUCUCCUACAGCCCAGCGCAGGGGCUUGAGUGGAUCAGCCAAGUCAGCCCAGGGAUGGGGGACUGAAAUCGGAGCCUUCUGAGAAUCGACUCUCUCUUUGUGUGUUUUUGUUGUUGUUUGUUACAAAUGAACAUUUGUACAGCGGACAUGGAGCUCCCAUGUGCAGCAUGUUGUGAAUAAGAUACCUUUGGAGAUAAAAGUUUUAAACUUUGCUGAUUGUCUCUGCUUUCGAGGGACUCUAAAAGCCAUAUCAGACUGUGGGAGGAAUCUCAGAUAGUCACAAACAAUCAUGUUUAUGGAAUUAUGGAAUGUGAGGGGGAAAAAAGGAAACUAAAAGUCAUUCAUGAUCUUUUUUUGUUAAAUAAACAACAUCAACAGAGCCAUAUAUAUAUAUAUAUAUAUAUAUAUAUAUAUAUAUAUCAACCCAUAGACGUUGAGUUUUUACUGAUCUUUAACUGUGAUAUUUGUUUUUUUGAUUUUAGAACAUUUAUACAUUUGAUUACGUUUAAAAUUUUUGAAGAAUGUUUGACAAGUAUCUCUAUAA